ACCUCCGCCCCCAAUUCUUCCCGCUUUCCAUCAUUCCCGCCCCAUUCUCCCUCCUUCCAUCACCCCGCCCCAUUCUCACGCUUUCCAUCACUCCGCCCCAUUCUCCCUCCUUCCAUCACCCCGCCCCAUUCUCCCUCCUUCCAUCACCCUGCCCCAUUCUCCCGCUUUCCAUCACCCCGCCCCAUUCUCCCGCUUUCCAUCACCCCGCCCCAUUCUCCCGCUUUCCAUCACCCUGCCCCAUUCUCCCGCUUUCCAUCACCCCAAGCCAUUCUCCCUCUUUCCAUCACCCCGCCUCAUUCUCCCGCUUUCCAUCACCCCGCCCCAUUCGCCCGCUUUCCAUCACCCCGCCCCAUUGUCCCUCUUUCCAUCACCCCGCCCCAUUCUCCCUCUUUCCAUCACCCUGCCCCAUUCUCCCUCUUUCCAUCACCCCACCCCAUUCUCCCGCUUUCAAUCACCCCGCCCCAUUCUCCCGCUUUCCAUCACCCCGCCCCAUUCUCCCGCUUUCCAUCACCCCGCCCCAUUCUCCCGCUUUCCAUCAACCUGCCCCAUUCUCCCUCUUUCCAUCACCCCGCCCUAAUCUCCCUCUUUCCAUCACCCCGACCCAUUCUCCCGCUUUCCAUCACCCCGCCCCAUUCUCCCUCUUUCCAUCAGCCCGCCCAAUUCUCACGCUUUCCAUCACCCCCCCCAUUCUCCCGCUUUCCAUCACCCCGCCCCAUUCUCCCUCUUUCCAUCAGCCCGCCCCAUUCUCCCUCUUUCCAUCACCCCGCCCCAUUCUCCCGCUUUCCAUCACCCCGCCCCAUUCUCCCGCUUUCCAUCACCCCGCCCCAUUCUCCCGAUUUCCAUCACCCCUCCCCAUUGUCCCACUUUCCAUCACCCCGCCCCAUUCUCCCUCUUUGCAUCAGCCCGCCCCAUUCUCCCUCUUUCCAUCACCCCGCCCCAUUCUCCCGCUUUCCAUCACCCCGCCCCAUUCUCCCGCUUUCCAUCACCCCGCCCCAUUCUCCCGCUUUCCAUCACCCCGCUCCAUUCUCCCGCUUUCCAUCACCCCGCCCAAUUCUCCCUCUUCCCAUUACCCCUCCCCAUUCUCCCUCUUUCCAUCGUCCCGCCCCAUUCUCCCGCUUUCCAUCACCCCGCCCCAUUCUCCCCCUUUCCAUCACCCCGCCCCAUUCUCCCACUUUCCAUCACCCCGCCCCAUUCUCCCGAUUUCCAUCACCCCUUCCCAUUGUCCCACUUUCCAUCACCCCGCCCCAUUCUCCCCCUUUCCAUCACCCCGCCCCAUUCUCCCACUUUCCAUCACCCCGCCCCAUUCUCCCGAUUUCCAUCACCCCUCCCCAUUGUCCCACUUUCCAUCACCCCGCCCCAUUCUCCCUCUUUCCAUCGUCCCGCCCCAUUCUCCCGCUUUCCAUCACCCCGCCCCAUUCUCCUGCUUUCCAUCACCCCGCCCCAUUCUCCCUCAUUCCAUCACCCCGCCCCAUUCUCUCGCUUUCCAUCACCCCGCCCCAUUCUCCCGCUUUUCAUCACCCCGCCCCAUUCUCCCGCUUUCCAUCACCCCGUCCCAUUCUCCCUCUUUCCAUCACCCCGCUCCAUUCUCCCGCUUUCCAUCACCCCGCCCUAUUCUCCCUCUUUCCAUCACCCCUCCCUAUUCUCCCUCUUUCCAUCACCCCGCCCUAUUCUCCCGCUUUCCAUCACCCCGCCCCAUUCUCCCGCUUUCCAUCACCCCGCCCCAUUCUCCCGCUUUCCAUCACCCCGCCCCAUUCUCCCGGUUUCCAUCACCCGGCCCCAUUCUCCCGCUUUCCAUCACCCCGCCCCAUUCUCCCUCUUUCCAUCACCCCGCCCCGUUCUCCCGCUUUCCAUCACCCCGCCUUAUUCUCCUGCUCUCCAUCACCUCGCACCAUUCGCCCGCUUUCCAUCACCCCUCCCCAUUAUCCUGCUUUCCAUCACCCCGCCCCAUUCUCCCUCCUUCUAUGACCCCGCCCCAUUCUCCCUCCAUCCAUCACCCAGCCCUAUUCUCCCAAUUUCCAUCACCCCACCCCAUUCUCCCGCUUUCCAUCACCCCGCCUUACUCUCCCGCUUUCCAUCACCUCGCCCCAUUCUCCCGCUUUCCAUCACCCCGCCCCAUUCUCCGCUUUCCAUCACACGCCCAUUCUCCCGCUUUCCAUCACCCCGCACCAUUCUCCCGCUUUUCAUUAUCUCGCCCCAUUUUCUCGCUUCCCAUCAUCUCACCCCAUUCUCCCGCUUUCCAUCACCCUGCCCUAUUCUCCCUCCUUCCAUCACCCCACCCCAUUCUCCCGCUUUCCAUCACCUCGCCCCAUUCUCCCGCUUUCCAUCACCCCGCCCCAUUCUCCCGCUUUCCAUCACCCCGCCCCAUUCUCCUGCUUUCCAUCACCUGCCCCAUUCUCCCGCUUUCCAUCACCCCACCCCAGUCUCCCGCUUUCCAUCACCCCGCCCUAUUCUCCCGCUUUCCAUCACCCCGCCCCAUUCUCCCGCUUUCCAUCACCGCGCCCCAUUCUCCCGCUUUCCUUCACCCCUCCCCAUUCUCCCGCUUUCAAUCAACCCGCCCCAUUCUCCCGCUUUCAAUCACCCCACCCCAUUCUCCCGCUUUCCAUCACUCCGCCCCAUUCUCCCUCCUUCCAUCACCCCGCCCCAUUCUCCCGCUUUCCAUCACCCCGACCCAUUCUCCCACUUUCCAUCACCCCGCCCAAUUCUCUCGAUUUCCGUCACCCUGCCCCAUUCUCCCUCUUUCCGUCACCCCGUCCCAUUCUCCCGCUUUCCAUCAUCCAGCCCCAUUCCCCCGCUUUCCAUCACCCCGCCCUAUUCUCCCUCUUUCCAUCACCCCGCCCCAUUCUCCCUCCUUCUAUCACCCCGCCCCAUUCUACCGCUUUCCAUCACCCCGCCCCAUUCUCCCUGCUUCCAUCACCCCGCCCCAUUCCCCCGCUUUCCAUCACCCCGCCCCAUUCUCCCGCAUUCCAUCACCCCGCCCCAUUCUCCCUGCUUCCAUCACCCCGCCCCAUUCCCCCGCUUUCCAUCACCCCGCCCCAUUCUCCCGCAUUCCAUCACCCCGCCCCAUUCUCCCGCUUUCCAUCACCCCACCCCAUUCUUCCGCAUUCCAUCACCCCGCCCCAUUCUCCCGCUUUCCCUCACCUCGCCCCAUUCUCCCGCAUUCCAUCACCCCGCCCCAUUCUCCCGGUUUCCAUCACCCCGCCCCCUUCUCCCUCCUUCCAUCACCCUGCCCCAUUCUCCCUCCUUCCAUCACCCCGCCCCUUUCUCCCGCUUUCCAUCAGCCUGCCCCAUUCUCCCGCUUUCCAUCACCCCGCCCCAUUCUCCCGCGUUCCAUCUCCCCGCCCCAUUCUCCCGCCCCAUUCUCCCGCUCUCCAUCACCCCGCCCCGUUCUCCCGCUUUCCAUAACCCCGCCCCAUUCUCACGCUUUCCAUCACCCCGCCCCAUUCACCCGCUUUCCAUCACCCCGCCCCAUUCCGGUCCUCUCCGUCACCCCGCCCCAUUCUCCCGCUUUCCAUCACCUCGCCCCAUUCUCACGCUCUCCAUCACCCCGCCCAAUUCACCCGCUUUCCAUCACCCCGCCCCAUUCUCACGCUUUCCAUCACCCCACCCCACUCCCGCUUUCCAUCACCCCGCCCCAUUCUCCCGCUUUCCAUCACCUCGCCCCAUUCUCACGCUUUCCAUCACCCCGCCCCAUUCUCCCGCUUUCCAUCACCCCGCCCCAUUCUCCCUCCUUCCAUCACCCCGCCUCAUUCUCCCUCCUUCCAUCACCCCGCCCCAUUCUUCCGCUUUCCAUCACCCCGCCCCAUUCUCCCGCUUCCCAUCACCCCGCCCCAUUUUCCCGCUUUCCAUCACCCCGCCCCAUUCUCCCGCAUUCCAUCACCCCCCCCCAUUCUCCCGCUUUCCAUAACUUCGCCCCAUUCUUCUGCUUUCCAUCACCCCGCCAUAUUCUCCCACUUUCCAUCACCCCGCCCCAUUCUCCCUCCUUCCAUCACCCGCCCCAUUCUCCCUCCUUCCAUCACCCCACCCCAUUCUCCCUCCUUCCAUCACCCCGCCCCAUUCUCCCGCUUUCCAUCACCACGCCUCAUUCUCCCGCUUUCCAUCACCCCGCCCCAUACUCCCGUUUUCCAUCACCCCGCCCCAUUCUCCCGCUUUCCAUCACCCCGCCCCAUUCUCCCGCUUUCCAUCACCCCGCCCCUUUCUCCCACUUUCCAUCACCCCGCCCCAUUCUCUCGCUUUCCAUCACCCCGCCCCAUUCUCCCGCUUUCCAUCACACCGCCCCAUUCUCCUGCUUUCCAUCACCCCUCUCCGUUCUCCCUCUUUCCAUCACCCUGCCCUAUUCGCCCUCUUUCCAUCACCCCUCCCCAUUCUCCCUCUUUCCAUCACCCCGCCCCAUUCUCCCUCUUUCCAUCACCUCGCCCCAUCCUCCCUCUUUCCAUCACCCCGCACCAUUCUCCCGCUUUCCAUCACCCCGCACCAUUCUCCCGCUUUCCAUCACCGCGCCCCAUUCUACUGCUUUCCAUCACCCCGUCCCAUUCUCCCGCUUUCCAUCACCCCGCCCAAUUUUCCCUCUUUCCAUCACCCCGACCCAUUCUCCCUCUUUCCAUCACCCCGCCCCAUUCUCCCCCAAUCCAUCACUCCUCCCCAUUUUCACUCUUUCCAUCACCUCGUCCCAUUCUCCCGCUUUCCAUCACCCCGCCCCAUUCUCCCUCUUUCCAUCACCCCGCCCCAUUCUCCCUCCUUCCAUCACCCCGCCCCAUUCCCCCGCUUUCCAUCACCCCGCCCCAUUCUCCCGCAUUCCAUCACCCCGCCCCAUUCUCCCUCCUUCCAUCACCCCGCCCCAUUCUCCCGCUUUCCAUCACCCCACCCCAUUCUUCCGCAUUCCAUCACCCCGCCCCAUUCUCCCGCUUUCCAUCACCUCGCCCCAUUCUCCCGCAUUCCAUCACCCCGCCCCAUUCUCCCGCCUGCCCCAUUCUCCCGCUUUCCAUCACCCCGCCCCAUUCUCCUGCGUUCCAUCUCCCCGCCCCAUUCUCCCGUUUUCCAUAACCCCGCCCCCUUCUCCCUCCUUCCAUCACCCCGCCCCAUUCUCCCUCCUUCCAUCAUCCCGCCCCUUUCUCCCGCUUUCCAUCAGCCCGCCCCAUUCUCCCGCUUUCCAUCACCCAGCCCCAUUCUCCCACUCUCCAUCACCCCGCCCCGGUCUCCCGCUUUCCAUAACCCCGCCCCAUUCUCACGCUUUCCAUCACCCCGCCCCAUUCACCCGCUUUCCAUCACCCCGCCCCAUUCCGCUCCUCUCCGUCACCCCGCCCCAUUCUCCCGCUUUCCAUCACCUCGCCCCAUUCUCACGCUCUCCAUCACCCCGCCCAGUUCACCCGCUUUCCAUCACCCCGCCCCAUUCUCACGCUUUCCAUCACCCCACCCCACUCCCGCUUUCCAUCACCCCGCCCCAUUCUCCCGCUUUCCAUCACCUCGCCCCAUUCUCACGCUUUCCAUCACCCCGCCCCAUUCUCCCGCUUUCCAUCACCCCGCCCCAUUCUCCCUCCUUCCAUCACCCCGCCUCAUUCUCCCUCCUUCCAUCACCCCGCCCCAUUCUCCUGCUUUCCAUCACCCCGCCCCAUUCUCCCGCUUCCCAUCACCCCGCCCCAUUCUCCCGCUUUCCAUCACCCCGCCCCAUUCUCCCGCAUUCCAUCACCCCGCCCCAUUCUCCCGCUUUCCAUAACCCCGCCCCAUUCUCCUGCCUUCCAUCACCCCGCCAUAUUCUCCCACUUUCCAUCACUCCGCCCCAUUCUCCCUCCUUCCAUCACCCGCCCCAUUCUCCCUCCUUCCAUCACCCCACCCCAUUCUCCCUCCUUCCAUCACCCCGCCCCAUUCUCCCGCUUUCCAUCACCACGCCUCAUUCUCCCGCUUUCCAUCACCCCGCCCCAUACUCCCGCUUUCCAUCACCCCGCCCCAUUCUCCCGCUUUCCAUCACCCCGCCCCAUUCUCCCCCUUUCCAUCACCCCGCCCCUUUCUCUCGCUUUCCAUCACCCCACCCCAUUCUCCCGCUUUCCAUCACACCGCCCCAUUCUCCUGCUUUCCAUCACCCCUCUCCGUUCUCCCUCUUUCCAUCACCCCGCCCCAUUCGCCCUCUUUCCAUCACCCCUCCCCAUUCUCCCUUUUCCAUCACCCCGCCCCAUUCUCCCUCUUUCCAUCACCUCGCCCCAUCCUCCCUCUUUCCAUCACCCCGCACCAUUCUCCCGCUUUCCAUCACCCCGCACCAUUCUCCCGCUUUCCAUCACCGCGCCCCAUUCUACUGCUUUCCAUCACCCCGUCCCAUUCUCCCGCUUUCCAUCACCCCGCCCAAUUUUCCCUCUUUCCAUCACCCCGACCCAUUCUCCCUCUUUCCAUCACCCCGCCCCAUUUUCCCCCAAUCCAUCACCCCUCCCCAUUUUCACUCUUUCCAUCACCCCGUCCCAUUCUCCCGCUUUCCAUCACCCCGCCCCAUUCUCCCUUUUUCCAUCACCCCGCCCCAUUCUCCCCCAAUCCAUCACCCCACCCCAUUUUCACUCUUUCCAUCACCCCGUCCCAUUCUCCCGCUUUCCAUCACCCCGCCCCAUUCUCCCGCUUUCCAUCACCCUGCUCCAUUCUCCCACUUUCCAACACCCCACCCAACUCUCCCUCUUUCCAUCACCCCUCCCCAUUCUCCCUCUUUCCAUCACCCAGCCCCAUUCUCCCGCGUUCCAUCACCCCGCCUCAUUCUCCCUCUUUCCAUCAUCGCGCCCCAUUCUCCCUCUUUCCAUCACCCCACCCCAUUCUUCCGCUUUCCAUCACCCCGCCCCAUGCUCCCGCUUUCCAUCACCCCGCUCCAUUCUCUCGCUUUCCAUCACCACGCCCCAUUCUCCCGCUUUCCAUCACCCUGCCCCAUUCUCCCGCUUUCCAUCACUCCGCCCCAUUCUCCCGCUUUCCAUCACCCCGCCCCAUUCUCCCGCUUUCCAUCACCCCGCCCCAUUCUUCUCCUUCCAUCACCCCGCCUCAUUCUACCUCCUUCCAUCACCCCGCCCCAUUCUCCCGCUUUCCAUCACCCCGCCCCAUUCUCCCGCUUUCCAUCACCCCGCCCCAUUCUCCCGCUUUCCAUCACCACGCCCCAUUCUCCCGCUUUCCAUCACCCCGCCCCAUUCUCCCUCCUUCCAUCACCCUGCCCCAUUCUCCCGCUUUCCGUCACCCCGCCCCAUUCUCCCGCUUUCCAUCACCUCGCCCCAUUCUUCUGCUUUCCAUCAACCCGCCCCAUUCUCCCGCUUUCAAUCACCCCGCCCCAUUCACCCGCAUUCUAUAACCCGCCCCAUUCUCCCGCUUUCCAUCACCCCGCCCCGUUCUCCGGCUUUCCAUCACCCCGCCCCAUCCUCCCGCUUUUCAUCACCCCGCCCCAUUCUCCCGCUUUCCAACACCCCGCCCCGUUCUCCCGCUUUCCAUCACCCCGCCCCAUUCUCCCGCUUUCCAUCACCCCGCCCCAUUCUCCCGCUUUCCAUCACUCCGCCCCAUUCUCCCGCUUUCCAUCACCCCGCCCCAUUCUCCCGCUUUCCAUCAACCCGCCCCAUUCUCCCUCCUUCCAUCACCCCGCCUCAUUCUCCCUCCUUCCAUCACCCCGCCCCAUUCUCCCGCUUUCCAUCACCCCGCCCUAUUCUCCUGCUUUCCAUCACCCAGCCCCAUUCUCGCGCUUUCCAUCACCCCGCCCCAUUUUCCCGCUUUCCAUCACCCCGCCCCAUUCUCCCGCUUUCCAUCACCCUGCCCCAAUCUCCUGCUUUCCAUCAUCCCGCCCCAUUCUCCCUCCUUCCAUCACCCCGCCCCAUUCUCCCGCUUUCCAUCACCCCGCCCCAUUCUCCCGCUUUCCAUAA